AUGAGUGUAGGUAGGCUAGAUCCGUCGAUCCCGAGAGUAGAAACUAGCGAUCAUCGAUCAAGAAGCAAAACGUAGAGAUCUGCCGGCGAGAGAUCGAUGGCUCACGGCGGCUUCCUGUCGGUGGACCUGGGACACCCGUUCCUGAACCGCACAGCGGACGGCUUCCUCAAGGUCGGCACCGUCGGUGCCUGCAAGGUCGCCGCCGAGGAGACCUUCCACUGCCUACACAAAGGGGACGUCUCAAGGCACGAAGUUGAGAACGCGCUGAAGAAGAUGUGCAAGGAAGGCGCAUAUUGGGGCAGUGUUGCCGGGGUGUACGUGGGCGUAGAGUACGGCGUCGACAGGAUCCGUGGCCACAGGGACUGGAAGAAUGCGAUGAUCGGCGGUGCCGUGACCGGAGCCCUGGUGUCGGCGGUGAACAGCAACGACAGGAACCACGUCGUCGGGAAUGCCAUCACAGGGGCGGCCAUCGCCACCGCCGCCCACUACCUGCAUCACCUCGCUUGA